CUGCUCCUCCGCGGCCCCGCCCUCCCGCGCUGUGCGGAGCAGAGGGCGGCGGCGGCGGCGGCGGCGGCGGCGGCGGCGGCAGCUGCUAAAGCAGCCGAGGAGGAUGGCGGCGGCGUCGUGGACGCGGCGGAGAUGAGCGCCCGUGGCCCCAGGCCCAGGGCGGCGCGGCCGGAGUGGGCGGGGGUCCUGAUGCAGGCCCGAGGGGGGCCAUGGGGCAGGUCCUGCCGGUCUUCGCCCACUGCAAAGAAGCUCCGUCUACAGCCUCUUCUACCCCCGAUUCCACGGAAGGAGGGAAUGACGACUCGGAUUUUCGGGAGCUACACACAGCCCGGGAAUUCUCAGAGGAUGAUGAGGAGGAGACCACAUCGCAGGACUGGGGUACCCCAAGGGAGCUGACCUUUUCGUACAUUGCCUUCGACGGUGUAGUGGGCUCUGGGGGCCGUAGGGACUCAGUUGCCCGUCGCCCCCGGCCCCAGGGACGGUCAGUCUCAGAACCACGAGACCCACCCCCACAGCCCGGCCUGGGGGACAGCUUGGAGAGCAUCCCUAGCCUGAGCCAGUCCCCAGAGCCGGGGCGCCGAGGUGACCCCGACACCGUGCCUCCAGCUGAGCGCCCUCUGGAGGACCUGAGGCUGCGGUUGGACCAACUGGACUGGGCUGCCCGGAGUGCGGGAUCCGGGGAGGAUUCGGCCACCAGCAGCUCCACCCCACUGGAAAACGAGGAGCCUGAUGGAUUGGAGGCCAUCGAGGCUAAGGAAGAGACGAACCUGGAACUCCGACUUGCUCAGGCUCUACGUUCGCAACUUGAGAUCCUGACGCCGCAGCCUAGCCCCAGCUCCGGGACCCCCCAGGCUCAUACCCCAUCCCCACCAAGAUCUCAAGAUUCGAACUCCAGUCCUGAUGAGCCUCUGCUGAAUGAGGAGGGAGAGCAUGGGCGGCUGCUGGAGCAGGAGCCAAUCAUGGCACAGUGCCUCGAUAGCACAGACCAAUCAGAAUCCACAUUGGGGCCGCUCCUUCUAGUGGCAGAUCUGCUGUACUGGAAGGACACCAGGGCGUCGGGAGCUGUCUUCACGGGCCUCAUGGCCUCUCUCCUCUGCCUCCUGCACUUUAGCAUUGUAUCCGUGGCUGCACACCUGGCCCUCCUGGGUCUCUGCGCCACCAUCUCUCUCAGGGUUUACCGCAAAGUGCUGCAGGCCGUGCACCGGGGAGAUGGCACCAACCCUUUCCAGGCCUACCUGGACAUGGACCUGACCCUGACCCGGGAGCAGACAGAGCGUUUGUCCCAGCAGAUUGCCUCCCACGUGGUCUCCACGGCCACACAGCUGCGGCAUUUCUUCCUGGUGGAAGAUCUGGUGGACUCUCUCAAGCUGGCUCUUCUCUUCUAUAUCCUGACCUUCGUGGGGGCCAUCUUCAACGGCUUGACUCUCGUCAUCCUGGGAGUGGUUGCCUUGUUCACCGUCCCCCUUCUGUACAGACAACACCAGGCCCAGAUCGACCAGUAUGUGGGGCUGGUGACCAAUCAGUUGAGUCACAUCAAAGCUAAGAUCAGAGCUAAAAUCCCGGGGACCGGGACCCCAGCAGCAUCAGUAGUCUCCGGAUCCAAAACCAAAGGCGAAUGAGAGUGUCUCUGCUCGAGGGACGCCUGCCCACACCCCAGCAGCCCUCUUCCCCUUCACUUCCCGUGCAUCCACACCCUCUCCCACUCGGCCGAGCCAUUUCCCAGUGGGAAGUGCCUGAGCAACCCGGACUACAUUUCCUAAGAGGCUCUGCUCUAAGAGUCCAGGAAAGGCCAGGCUCCUUGGCCGCGGAGCCUGCUGGGACUUGUAGUUUAAUAGUCAGACGCUGUCCUGCACUUCCGUGACCCGCCGCCGGAGGCGCCGUGAGGGGUUGGUAUCUUUUGAAGCCACCAACCCCUAUGCUGGGGCUUUGCAUGGGGUCCAGACGAGCCCUGAGCUUGGAUGUACACUGUAAUAAAGACUCCUGUGGAAAAUC